UAUUUUCUUCCCCCUCCUCUCCUUCCCCUUCUUCCUCCCGCCUUGCUCCUGCAGCGUUUGCCGUACGCGGGGAUGGAUUUCACGGAAGCCUAUUCCGAUCGAUGUUCUGCCGUGGGGCUUGCAGCCAGAGAAGGAAACGUUAAAAUGCUGAGGAAACUAAUUAAGCAGGGAUACAGCAUCGAUGUUCCAGAUAACAGGGGUUGGGUGCCAAUCCACGAAGCAGCAGCUCACAAUUCGAGUGAAUGUCUGAGGCUGUUAGUUCGUGCAGCUCCAUCUGAUGACUACAUAAAAUCAAAGACAUUUGAAGGGCUGUGUGCGCUGCACCUUUCAGCACGCCAUGGGUCUUUGGAAAGCAUUCGUGUUCUUCUGGAAGCUGGGGCUGACCCAAAUGAAGUUACCACCGAAGCAACAACCCCGCUGUUCCUAGCUGUUGAAAAUGGACAUGCAGAUGUUGUAAAGUUUCUGCUCCAACACGGAGCAAAUAUUAAGGGACCUCAUUCUUGGUCUGCAUGGAAUUCUUUGCACCAAGCUUCUUUUCAGGAAUGCACUGAGAUAAUGAAAAUACUCCUGGAGAAAGGGGCAAGCAAGGAAUGUAAGGAUGACUUUGGAAUUACACCUUUGUUUGUUGCUGCUCAGUAUGGAAAACUGGAGAGCUUAAGACUGCUUGUAUCCCAUGGUGCAGACGUAAACUGUCAAGCCAAGGACAGAGCCACUCCCCUGCUGAUAGCUGCACAGGAGGGCCAUGCCGAAUGUGUGGAACUGCUCUUAUCAAAAGGGGCAGAUCCAAAUCUCUACUGCAACGAGGAUAACUGGCAGUUACCUAUUCAUGCAGCAGCUGAAAUGGGCCAUAAAAAGAUAUUAGAGUUGCUAAUACCAGUUACUGAUCGGAUUUGUGACAAAGGCAAAGGCAAAGUGAGCCCUGUGUAUUCAGCAGUAUAUGGUGGUCAUAAAGAAUGUUUGGAAGCAUUACUUAAAGAAGGCUACAGUCCAGAUGCUCAAGAGUGCCUUAACUUCGACUGCAGAUCACCCAUGUGUAUGGUCUUCCAAAAAGAGUUUUUUCAUUUCAUUGAUAUUUUCCUAAAAUACGGGAUCACCUUACUUGGGAUUAAUUUGGGAUAUUGCCUGUUCCAUGAAAAGUUUACUUUGUUUCAACGCUUCUUGAAGCUGGGCUGUUCACUGCCUUCUGGGGACCAGUUAUCGGAGUUCCUAAGUUACACAAUUAAAGCGCAAGAGGAGUACAAGGAAUGGCUGCCUUAUCUGCUCUUGGCCGGUUUUAAUCCAGUGAAUUUAAUGCGCAGAUUCUGGAUUUUCUCUGUGAGCGGGAAUGCCCUUAAUUUCAUCCUGGAGUUUACAAACUGGAAGAGACUUCCUCCAGCUGUAGAGCAAGACCUUUCAGACUACAAAGAGAAGUUCACUUGGACUCCCAAGAGCCAUUUUGCCUUCAUUCCUUCUCUGUUUCAUCUUUGUCGUCUUGAGAUCCGGUCCCUUCUAACGAGUGAACGCCUGCGAUCAGAUCGGUUUAUCCGGGAACUGCCAUUGCCAGCUUGUCUCCAGGACUACCUUCUCUACCUCGAUGUACUGCGAGUCAACGCUAUCCCAGAAGCGGAGGAUUAUCUCAAGCAGAGAGAGGAGGGAGCUCCCUCUACCAGUGACUCCAGUGCUGAAGGUGCAGAGAGGAGGGACACCUGUAACACCUGUGUUAAGUGGUGACUGAACU